AUGGAGGUCGUCACUCCAGCAGACUUUCCUAUCCACUCGCAACGCCGACGGCCCAGACAGGCAAAACCAUGUGACGCCUGUCGUAAAGCAAAGACUCGAUGCAUCAAGAGCCCUGAGGGCUCUGGCACCACGCCCUGUAUCCAUUGUAGUCUUAGGGGCACUGCUUGCACAUACCGCCAUGGUCCUCCAGCACGUUCCUCUACUGCCGCGAGAGAAGACAGCCCACUGCUUGCCAAUGAGCCUCAGACCUCUCGAAGUGUCAACGGCGACAGCUCCGUGCCAACACUGAACUGGCCAAGGCAAGAGAGGGCAGUCGAGCCCUCGCAACCCUCCUUCCCACGAAAUGCCAGUGCUCCGUCGACAGCAUCCAGAACGAUGCAUGCGCCGGCGGCUCUCACGGCUUCUGGUCCGCCCCAGUUAGGAUCCAUCGCCAGCGGCUUCUCUGAACUGCAUGGGCUUAGCAGCGACAUGGAGCCUAUACUCAUGCGACACCGACCAUAUGACCCGAACUCGCAUGAGUACCACCUAGGCACACAUGGCAUCAAACGAGUGCUCCACCGGUAUCAAGCGCAGGAUUACCCCCUGACCUUCCACAUGGUGGCGGACACCAAAGCCAUCGAUCACGAAGAACUGGAAUCGGAGGUCGAGGCCAUCGAAGCACUCGUCCAGCCGUGGGGACCAAAACUACUGGAGCUGUUCUGGCGACACGUUCAGCCCUCGUAUCCAAUCAUCUCCAAAGAUGGUCUCAUGCAAGCCUACGAGCACAGAGAUGCUCCAUGCCCUUUACUUGGUGCCAUUUACCUAGUGGCGACCCGCUGGUGGCAGUACGACCCUGAUUUAUCCGUCUGCCCGAUGCCAGACGUGACAAGCCUCCGCAAACAUGUCUAUCGUUCCAUACACUGCUCUUACCACUCGCCAAAGCUUUCAUCCAUCCAAGCAAUGCUGCUCGUCCUGCAGUGUCAGCCGGAGGAUCCUCUGAACCCUGAUCACACCUUUGCCUGGGGCCUGACCUGCCAGGCACUCGCAAUCGGCCAGUGCCUUGGGCUGCACCUGGACGCGUCAGAUUGGAGCAUUCCCCAAGCAGAACGCAAUGUCAGGAAACGACUGGCCUGGGCACUUUACAUGCAGGACAGGUGGACAGCUGUUGCCUAUGGACGCCCGGUCCAUAUCCACGACGAUGACUGGGCUGUCACCGAUCUGACAGACGGCGACUUUGCAGACUGUGAUCUCAGCGAAGCACGGGAGCCUGAGGAAGAGCGGUGGUCUAUGACCAUGACUGGCAAACACCAUUUUCUCCUCAUGGUUCGACUGUCGCAGAUUCUCUCUGAUGUCUUAGCGCAGUUUUACACGGUCAAGAAAAGCUCUGAGCAGGAUACAGCCGUGCUUUUCCAGGGAGCUGGUCCAAUAUUUGAAGCCCUUGAUCUCUGGUCCGCGUCGGUGCCUGAGAGUCUCGGUAUGCACAUCAAAUACCAGCGACGGUUGUGUUUCCACGGCUAUCUUCACUUCUCGUACUAUGGUGUUGCCAUGACGCUUUUGAGGAGACUCAUCAGAUCAACUGCCUUGGGACCGCCUUGCGCAGAUCACGCCAUCCUUGCCAACGUACGGCAGCAGGCACUGGAAACAGCACAAGGCGCAAUAAGAUUCGUUUCAGAGCUUCGGCCUGACCACCUAGAGGCCUUCUGGUAUUACACGACACCAUAUUUAUUCUCCCUCCUCGGCUCGUUCAUUACCCUCUUGUUGGUCACGUCGCUUUCAUCACAGGAGCGGGACUUCUGGCAAGAAACGCUAGACUCAUAUAUUUGGAAGUUACGAACAAUGAAUAAGAGCAGUGAACCGAUGCAGUACGCGGCGAAUCGGCUGGAGGGCGCCAUCCUUCGCGGCCUCGAGCAUGCUCUUGCUGUCAACAUCGUCGAACCCGUCGAUGAUACAGUCAGUCCACAGAUGGCGAACUACAACAGAGAGGUAAUGAAGUACCUGAACGUCAGACACUGGGAUCUCUUCAUGGCAGGCGGCGGUUCUUACGACCUGUCUGAGGCACCGGGUGGUGUACACCAACAAGUGAGCUAUGGUCAAGGUCCACCAAUGAUGUAA